UGUUUUUGAUUUGCUAGCUAGCUGGCCGUUUUCGUUUGUAUAACUCGCUGUGCUUUCUAAUAGUUGACAGGCUAGCUAGUUACGUUUACUAGCCAAGUAAAACGCAACUCCACGAUGUAGCGUUAGUAUUCACGGAGACGAGAGGGCGGAGUGUACCUCAUCCGACUACAUCGAGUCACCCGCUGUCAGUCGAUAUGAGGAAACAGUCCGUGGAUGUAUUUGUUUAACGUUUUAUUCAAAAGUAUAGAUUUCAGCAAACAAAUACACGCAGCUACAGAGUGACAAGUACACGCAGGAUCCCUGAGAUGACUAAUACAAUAAAUUAUGAUUGAACGGGACUCCUUUAUUCUUCACAGAGGGACCAUGAUACCCUGCAACUAGUGAUCUCAAUAUGGAGUUGUACUGGUACAUAGUGGUCAUCGUAUUCAUCAUCAUCAAGAUCUUCUUCUACGUGUGCUGGUACCGCUCACGUCAGAGACAGCUGGCAGCGUACCUCAACAACCCUCGUAAUGCCCAGAUAGUCAUCGUGGGAGGGAGGGCCUAUCUGCAUCAAACGUGUGAGAGACCGAAUACGUCUAUCUGGCCCAGUUGGUAUGGGGUUCAGGAUGAGGAGUCAGUGGGCGAGCCUUCCACCUCUCUCCCCCCGGCAGCAUCCUUCUCUCACAUGGACAUGCCUCCACCAUAUGAAGCCGUCUCUGGAGCUGAUGACCUGAAACCUCCUCCAUAUAGUGAGGUUGCCCAGAGCGACACCAUGGACACUUCUCGCCCCUCCCGCCACGCCCUUCUCCCUCCCCCUCUGUCUGAGGGUGGAGACUCUGCUAGCAUCAUCAGCGAAGCCCCGCCUCCAUACACCCCCCAGCCCCAACCGGCAUGAGGGCCCUGUCAACUCCAGCCAAUCACACUCGGAGGACCGACCCAGCUAGACCAAUCACGAACCCUGAUGCCGACCGACUCUUUACCUCCUUUCCAAGUGCUGUCCUCCUCCCUGCCUUCUCACCUCAGCGAUCCCUGCCAGCUAUGCUCACUCACUAAACCGAGAGGGCAGACUGUUGGUUUGGUUUUCUAGGUUUUAAAACAGUUUUCUAUUUUCUACUGUUUGAAAGUGAUUUGUUGUGAUGAAGAUUAUGAUAAAUAAUAAGAUAUAAUUUUGUGGAGUUGAUGGGUGAGUUUGACUGCUGGACAACUCUUCCCUCUGGAACACCCCGCUGCAUCAUGGGAACAAGAGGGAGAGAUUUACACAACAGCCAGCAGUGGAGAGGAUAAAGGCAACAAUAACGUCCAAUAUCGUCCAAUAUCCAAUGAGUCCAAUGACGGCCUUUAGUGCUGCGUCCAGACACCCAUUCCAGUGUCCCCAUCAGAGUUCUAUACUAAACAUCUUCUCAGAAUGGAUUUAAAAGAGACUAUUCUGUAACAUCCAACAGCAUUUGCCUUAGAGAUUGAGAGAGAUCAAUGCAUUUCCAAGAAAUCUACCAGAUGAAAGAACCAUGUUGGAAAAAUGUAGCGGUUGAAUGUGAUGAUUAUUGUACAGUCACAGAACAAUAAUGAUCGCUAACAUCUUCAGUCCAUCGGAGCUCCAUGCCCUCUUCACUCUGUCAGUGGCUUGGUUAUGCCAUUUUGGCUAUUCUUAUGUCAUAACUGUUCUGUUAUUGCGUCAUUCCAGGGUCCAGGAGUUGUUUUUUCUGACCAAAAACUCUGGACCUUAAAUUUUAACUAGGGUCCAGCGUUUUUCUAGGCAGGUCAUGUAGUUAGGAAAAUUCCUAACCGUAGUCAUAUCCAUUCAUUAAAGAUUGCUGCUGUGUCAAUGCAGUCUGUGGGGUUACAGUAAAUAUGUCCCAAUUACAGUGAGCACCAAAAGUUUGGGGACGGUGUCACAUUUGAGUUGUUUUGGCUCUGUACUUCAGCACUUUGGAUUUGAAAUGACACAAUGACUGAGGUUAAAGUGCAGACUGUCAGCUUUAGGGUGUUUUCAUCCACUUCAAAAUGACACAAUACAUUAUUUACCAUUCAUUUCUGUUGGGCACCAAAUCAUCUGAAACGCAACUCAAACAACCAGCAAAUGCAUCCAACAAAUGUGUAGUCACAAGCUUGAUGUAGUCAUUGUGAUGUAGUCACAAGCUUGAUGUAGUCAUUGUGAUGUAGUCACAAGCUUGAUGUAGUCAUUGUGAUGUAGUCACAAGCUUGAUGUAGUCAUUGUGAUGUAGUCACAAGCUUGAUGUAGUCAUUGUGAUGUAGUCACAAGCUUGAUGUAGUCAUUGUGAUGUAGUCACAAGCUUGAUGUAGUCAUUGCUGUGAAUGUGAGACCAAAUACUACACUUUUUACUACUUUAAUACACAUAUAAGUGAAAUAGUCCCAAUAUGUUGGGUCCCCUAAAAUGUGGUGACUAAGUGCUGUCAUUUUUAAACGGUUCACCCGAUGUGGAUGAAAAUACCUUCAAAUGAAUGCUGACUGUCUGCACUUUAACCUCAGUCAUUGUGUCAUUUUAAAUCCAAAGUGCUGGAGUACAGAGCCAAAACAACAAAAAAUGUGUCACUGUCCCAAUACCGUUGGAGCUCACUCUGAAUCUCCUUCCUCCCAAAGUGUGCAUUUGUUCAUUACCCUUCACUGAUUUGAAGAAAAUGACUGCUCUAAGUUGGUGGAAACUCCCACUAGCCAUGCCUCCACCAAUCCAAUGCUUUUAGAUCUGUAGCAAGUAGUGAGCGAGUGCACACUUCAGGAGAAAGGAGAUAUUAUUGGGACGAACCGUUAGUAUCCCUGCUAUCUGGUUCCUUCCUUCCCUUGGCUGUAAAAUGGAUGAGCUAACAGGCCUGAUCAUGAUGACCUUUCAACAGAGGUUUUUGGUGUGUUUACAACGACAAACAAACAAUAACAAUGUUGUAAAAUGUGUAGUAAAGAAUACAGGGGGAACUUGGAGGAAGUAAUCUAGGGAAGUAAUCUAGAGACCCAUUUGAAACAACUUUAAGCAUUUAAAAUUACUUUAAAAUAUAUUGUUAUAUGAUAUGAUUAUGAUAAUCUUCCAUUUUGUGGUGACAAAUCAGUGUGUGUCUGUCCCAGAUUCAUAACCUUGCCACAUGCAUUAUGGGGGGUUGAACCCAGUUUGAUUCUGCAUUUCUGAGACUUGAUUUUGUUGUUGGGUAUUCAUACAUUUUGGGGAUUAAUCAAUUGUACAUUAAACAUAUGAUUACAUUCA